AUGGCAGAUCCCAGAAUUAGACAAAUCAAGAUUAAAACUGGCGUCGUUAAGCGUAUAGCCAGAGAAAAAAGUUUGUAUGAAAAGGAGGCUGAAGAACAAAAGGAUAAGGUACAAAAAUUUAAGGACGAAGGCCAAGACGAACACGACAUUAGGAAGCAAGAGGAGGUGCUUCAGGAGUCGCUGAUGAUGGUUCCUGAUUGCCAAAGAAGGUUAUUAAAGGCGCACGCAGAUUUGAAGUCAAUACUGGAGAGUGAGCAAGACUUAAAAGAGAACGAAGAUUACAUUGCUGCAGAGCAAGUGCUGAAAGAGGCUGAGAGUCAUCUGCCCGAAUCAGCAUAA